AUCGCAGGUCCUGCAGCCCCAGGAGGUGAGAUCUGCAGGUUCCUUAGGUGCAGGACUUCUUUUUAGAGCCAAUGGUGAUUUCCAUCAAGGACCCACCAAGGAUGGAGAAGGACAGAGACCACAUGGCUGCAAGGAUAUUAGACCUCACCCUGGAGAUCAUCUCCUUGAUAACCGGAGAGAAUUACAAGGUAGUGAAGAAGUCGUCUGGUGAGUGUGUGACACCCCGUGUGUCAGGAGGAUGGAGUAGGACCCAGAGCCCCAUCACCAAGCCUCCUGCUCAUUCCCUGAUACAUAAGCAGAAGAUCCUAGAACUUACCACCAGGAUCACUGAGCUGCUGAGCGGAGAGGUUCCUAUAAGGUGUCAGGAUGUCGCUGUCUAUUUCUCCAUGGAGGAGUGGGAGUAUUUAGAAGGACACAAGGAUCUGUACAAGGACAUCAUGAUGGAGAAUCACCAGUCUCUCACAUCACCGGAUGGAUCCAGUCAGAGAAAUCCACCAGAGAGAUGUCCCAGUCCUCAGUAUUCCCAGGACUGUCCAGAGGAGAAACCAAAUAUCUCACUGGAUCAUCAGGAAAGUUCUGGUGAAACGACGAGAGGACUUGAAAAACCCAUCUCAGUGUCUGUGAAAGUGGAAGACGGGAUGAGCGACUCCUAUGGACAUCUCCAUUUAUCUUCCAAUCAUAAAGCAGAAGAUAACAAUACCACACAAGAUGAUUCAAUAACUCCUAAUAUACCCUCAGUCCUUCACAGCAGAGAUCUAUCCACUGAUACCGCUGGUCACAAGAAACCUUCAUCCAAGCAAUUACUGAUUAGUCAAACAAGAAGUAAACAGAAAUGUGGGAACAUUUUUUCUAGUGAGAACCUUUUGAAAAAGAAAUGUAAUAGAGAUAAUGGGUCAUUUUCAUGCUUGACAUGUGGAAAGUGCUUUAAUCGAAAAUCUAAUCUUGUUGCCCAUCAGAGAACUCACACAGGAGAGAAGCUGUUUUCAUGUCCUGAAUGUGGGAAAGGCUUUAACAGUCAAUAUAAUUUUUCUAAGCAUCAGAGAACUCAUACAGGAGAGAAGCCAUUUUCAUGUCUUGAAUGUGGAAAAUCUUUUAGCAUGAAAUCUAUUCUAGUUAGGCAUCAGAUAACUCACACAAGGGAGAAUCCAUAUUCAUGUCCUGAAUGUGGGAAAGGCUUUAUCAAUCAAUCAACUUGUAUUCAGCAUCAGAGAACUCACACAGGGGAGAAGCCAUAUUCAUGCCCAGAAUGUGGGAAAUCUUUUAGUCUAAAAAUGUGUCUUGUUAGACAUCAGAGAACUCACACAGGGGAGAAGCCAUAUUCAUGCCCAGAAUGUGGGAAAUCUUUUAGUCUAAAAAUGUGUCUUGUUGGACAUCAGAGAACUCAUACAGGCAAGAAGCCAUUUUCAUGUCUUGAAUGUGGAAAUUGCUUUAGUCGGAAAUCAAGUCUUGUUGCCCAUCAGAGAACUCACACAGGGGAGAAUUCAUUUUCAUGUCUUGAAUGUGGAAAGUGCUUUAGUUGGAAAUCAGGUCUUGUUGCUCAUCAGACAACUCACACAGGGGAGAAGUCAUUUUCAUGUCUUGAAUGUGGAAAGUGCUUUAGUCGGAAAUCAAAUCUUGUUGCCCAUCACAGAACUCACACAGGAGAGAAGCUGUAUUCAUGUCCUGAAUGUGGGAAAGGCUUUAACAGUCAAUAUAAUUUUACUAAGCAUCAGAGAACUCACACAGGAGAGAAGCCAUUUUCAUGUUCAGAAUGUGGGAAAUGUUUUAGUCAAGAAUCAGAUCUUGUUAAACAUCAGAGAACUCACACAGGGGAGAAGCCAUUUUCAUGUUCAGAAUGUGGGAAGUGUUUUCGUGUGAAGUCAUUUCUUAUACGACAUCAAAGAAUUCACACAGGGGUGAAGCCAUUUUCAUGUUCAGAAUGUGGGAAAUGUUUUAGUCAAAAAUCACAUCUUGUUAGACAUUACAGAACUCACACAGGGGAGAAGCCAUUUAUGUGUCUUGAAUGUGGUAAGUAUUUUGGUGCAAAAUCCAUGCUUAUAAAACAUGUAAGAAGUCAUAUAUGAGAGAGAGAAGCCAUUUUCAUCUUCAUGUUGAGGAAGAUGAAAGACUCCACUUAGAGGAGAAUCCAUUUUCAUGUUCACAAUGUGGGAAAUGCUUUAAGACUCAAACAAGUUUUUUUCGGCAUCAGAGAACCUAUACAGUGGAGAAGCUAUUUUCAUGUCUUGAAUGUGAAAAGUUCUUUGGUCUGAAAUCAUAUUUUGUUACACUUUAGAGAACUCACAUAGGAGCACAUCAGAUAACUGAAAUAGAAGAGAAGCCAUUUAUGUGUCUUGAAUGUGGGAAGUAUUUUACGGUGAGAUCAAGUCUUAACUGUCAUCUAAGAAGUCACACAGGGGAGAAGCCAUUUUCAUGUCUUGAAUGUGGGAAAUAUUUUGUUCAGAAAUCACAUCUUGUUAGACAUCAGAGAAGUCACACAGGAGAGAAGUCAUUUAUGUGUUCUGAAUGUGGGAAGUGUUUUGGUGUGAAAUCAGUGCUUAUAAAACAUCUAAGAAGUCACACAAGAGGGAAUCCAUUUUAAUGCUCAUAAUGUGAAAAAAGGAGAGAAGCCAUUUUCAUUUCUUGAAUGCGGUAAAUCUUUUGCUAUAAAGCAAUUCUAGUUAGACAUCAGAGAACUCACACAACGGAGAAGCCAUUUUCAUGUUCAGAAUGUGGGAAAUGUUUCACCUGUCAAGCAAGUGUUUUUCGACAUCACAGAACUCGCAACACAUAUGAGAAGCCAUAUUUAUGUGGGAAGCCUUUUAUUCAGAAAUCAAGUCUUGCUAAACAUGAGAGAAUUCACUUAGAAGAGAAGCCAUUGUAAUGUUUAGAUUGUAAGACAAGUGAGAGAUGUGGAGCUUCAUUGUGAGACCUGCUGCCUAAUCAUGUCUUCUGUAUAACUUAAAACGGUUGUCCGGUUUCCUAUAUUAAUGACCCAUCCUCAGGAAUGUGAGUCGACCAGUAUUCACUGACAUUUAGAACGUGUAGAAGAGAUCUGGAAACAGAUUUCAGAGGAGACAUGCUUGAAUUUGAUCGAUAGCGUGUCCAGUACUGACAGACUGCAGAAGGAGAGACAUUGCUACUCUCUCCCUGUUAACUGUACAUGGCUCCAGAGGGAGGGUAUCAUGAACAUCUUUGAAUGUGAUUAAACCCCCUUCCACCAUCAAUCAGACAGCAUACUUGCAAAACGGUAAAAAGGAACUCUAUGGGCAAUAUUGAUCCUAUAAUGUCUGGACUAAAGAAAAUGCAGCCAGCGGGGAUGCUGUAUGUGGUCCUGAAGUGAACUGAGCCAGGCUCGGACUGGCCCACAGGGAUUAUAGGUGAAUUUACACCGGUGGGCCCCUGAGCAAGGUGGACCCCUAGUCUCCCACCCCUUGUAUAACACAGUAGACUUGCUG